AUGUCAACUCUGGAUUUGACAGUUCGAUUGGCCAUCCACAAAAAUGGAACAGAGGUUGCAUUUUUUCUAUUUGACGGAAAAGAGAGUAACAAGACUGACUGGUUUCUCAAGGAACGGUUACAAAAUUCAAGCUAUACAGAUUUGCAGAAUUCAACAAGCAACAUACCAACAAAUGUCUUCUCCAUUUAUGGAAUUCAAGGAUUUCUGAACAUUUAUAGGAGUUUUUACAUAAACUCGGUUUGGGGUGGAUGUGAAAGUGAUGCAGGCUGGCUGAUAGUUUACGACACACACAAUCUCGGCGGAUGCCGUUGGGAAGGGUAUUACCUUUCAGAUAAGCCAGCAAUUUUGUAUAGUCCCAUUUCAACUAGAGUGCGUUUUUCACAGAUUUAUAAAGAACUUAUUGCUGACAGCAUGUCAAUUUCAGUAAAAUUUGACCAAGAGAAUCUUAUAUGCCAUUCCAGUUGUUUAAAACCAAUCCAGCUCGAUGCGGUCACGCAUUGUUACAAACCAUGCGAUACGGUUAUCGAUGUUACAGCAAAGGUUCGACAGUUAAGAGAAGACUUAACGAUCAACAGGAAAAAUACAACCUCAUAUAGAAGAACUUUAUGUAGUGUGUAUGAAAAUAGAACCUCCGCAAAGACAAUGGGAUUGACGGGAGCUACAUUUCUCGUCUCAGUUGUAUGCGUUUUUAUAUAUUUUGACUGCGUUCGAUUUCAAACUGGAAGGUCAAAUAGAAAAAGAACAUCUGCAAAGAACAACUGAUUAUAUUUUUUAAAGUAGUCAGUUGACGUUAAUUUAAACCAUUCACUUCUUUAAAAAUUACACAUUUAACAUAUUCGGACUCAUUACUUUCAUGAAUCAAACACGGAAGCCAAUCUAGAAACUGAAUUGUCAGUAAUUUGAUACAGUGUAUUUGAGUAUUAAAAACCGAAUAAAAACACAUCGAAUUACAUGGUAAUAGCUGUUAGUGCUUUUGGGCUAUCGUACCAAGACUCUUUCAGUGCCAGGAAAUAUUCCGCAAUUUUCCGUUUACUGCCAAGCUUGUUUUUACCGUCAGUGACGUUAACAAAAAUGUCGUGUCAUAAGAUUUUGCGUAAAAAGGUUCGGUGAUUGAACGGCAAUUUUGAGAAGUCUUGUUUCCGUAUGCGUAGAAGUAAAUAUUGUACUUUUUCGGUAAUACUUUUUAUAAAUAAUUUACAAAAAUCUCCCGGGCAUAGGUAGGUUUUGUUUUAAUUUUGUAUUUCUUUUUAAAUAAAUUAUAUGAAAAAGACAUUUCAAUAUUCUGGUACUGUUCUUUGGAACAGUAAAAAAGAUAGAAAAGAUAGAACAGUUCAAACCAAGGUAUCAUAAUUUCUUGUUUUUAGAACAAAAAAGCUAAUUAUCAGAUUCAUAUACAACAUGUAAAACCAACCAAAUAAUGAUUAUCAUAGAAAUUUAUCUAUAGUCUUAAAAUCUAUAUAUUUGUCUUGUACAUCAUUAAGAAAAUAUGUUCAUGAAACAUAACACUUAUAA